CCCGAAUCCGGAUCCAUUGCCCAAGCCUCGAUAUCCGAAAACCUGAUACCCGCGAAAGUGAUUCCUUGUUCUAUUCAAGAUUGCUUGGUGGAUGGGAUAGAAGGAAUUUGAAUUUUGCGGAGAAUAGCAAUAAUGAGAGCGGGUGCUAACGUGCUCCCGGUGCUGCUGUUAAUUUUGCUGCGGAGGAGCGGUGCCGUAUGGUUAACUUUGCCGGCGAGUGGGACCAAAUGCGUUUCGGAGGAAAUUCAUAACAAUGUCGUCGUUUUGGGGGAUUAUGCCGUCAUUUCCGAUGCUGAGGAUCUCAAUUCCCUCCCAGUUAUUUCCACCAAGGUCACUUCUCCAUUUGGAAACACUCUCUAUCACAAGGAAAAUGUCACAUAUGGUCAAUUUUCAUUUACCACAAGCGAGGCCGGAAAUUAUCUCGCUUGUUUCUGGCUUGAUAGCCAUUAUGCAGGACAUGGGGAUUUAACAGUUAACAUCGAUUGGAAGACGGGUAUUGCAGCAAAGGAUUGGGAAUCAGUUGCUAGAAAAGAGAAACUUGAGGGUGUUGAGCUUGAGUUAGCGAAGCUUGAAGAAGCGGUGGAGGCCAUACAUGACAAUCUUCUGUAUCUUAAGGACAGAGAAGCAGAGAUGCGCACUCUGAGUGAAGAAACAAAUGCUCAGGUUGCUUGGUUCAGUAUUAUGUCAUUGGGAAUCUGCAUUCUAGUUUCAACAGCCCAGUUAUUGCACUUAAAGAGAUACUUCCAGAAGAAGAAGCUGAUUUAGGCUUAAAAACUAAUCUAGAGUUGUGUGAUCUAGUUUCUCAUUAUCUUUGUCAAUUCGAUUUAUUCUAUUUGUUCGGGAAGAAUUUUGACAUGAAAGUAAGAGCUUUUUUGUAGUGUUUGAUAUGAAAUUGUUCCCUUUCUUUGUAAUAGCACCUAAAGAGCAGUUUAAUACAUUAUGUGGAGGUUGGAACUCUUGAAGACAUUUUUUAUAUGAAGCUGAACUAUUCCUUCUCAA